GUCGCCAUACCUGAGGGUUCAGAAUGGCGAAUUGAAGUACCGCAUAAGACAAUUCUCAAGUUCAAAGUAACUGAAGGAGUAGCAGAGAUUUUUGGCACGGAAUUACCAAUAAAUGUUGAGCUACAGAUAUCUGGAACGAAGACAAUGGUGUAUGCUCCCAUAAUUUACGAAACUUUUAAAAACAAAACGGUGAUGUCGAAUGAAAGUGAAGAAAUUGUAGAGUAUCUCUCUAAUGACUCUGUAAUGGCCAACUAUAUAAAUUUGCACUUAGUUGUCGAAGCCAUGCGACAGCAGGUUUCAGAUAACAACAUAUUGAAUCCGACAGAAUUACAGCUGGGCCCGCGGGUGUUAAUCGUAGGGAACGGCAAUUCAGGCAAGACGUCAUUGGCGAAGUUGUUGAGUGCAUAUGCUAUAAAACUGGACAGUACGCCGGUGCUAGUAAACUUGAAUCCUCGGGAUGGCGUUUUCUCGUUGCCCGGAUCAUUGACGGCAACGCCUAUCAGCGAUAGUCUAGAUGUGGAACUGGCUAACGGUUGGGGGUUCACGACAACGUCUGGAUCAUUAUUCCACAAUCCCAAACAGCCCAUAGUAAAGAACUACGGCUUUGUAGAUGUGAAUGAAAACUUAGACUUGUACAAGUACCAGGUUUCGAAGCUUGGAGUCACCGUACUCUCGCGUCUUGAAGAAGAUAUAGCCUGUAGAAACGGAGGCGUUAUCAUCGACACACCUGCAUUGGGCAUCAAAGACUUCACGGUGAUUGAAAAUAUCGUUUCAGACUUCGAGGUAAACCUCAUUGUUGUUUUGGGAAAUGAACGGCUCAUGAUCGACUUAAAGAAACGCUUCAAACAUAAGUCAGCUUUGCAGAUUGUAAAAGUGCCCAAGAGCGAAGGUUUGGUAGAAGUAGAUGAAGCGUUCAUACGUAGAACCCAAGAAGAGUCCAUCAAGGAGUAUUUUAACGGAAAUUACAAAACAAGGUUGUCGCCCUUCAAAACUGACAUCGAUGUUAACGAUCAUACUAUCUACAAAUGCGUACUUUCUCUGGAUGUUAACUCAGCUCUUUCUUUUCUACCAGCUGAACCCAGUUCGUCUAACUUAGACAACUCCAUUCUUGCCAUCACUCAGUUGCCUCUGACGCACAAGCUGGGCAGAGAGUUGUUGAACACAAGCAUUCUUGGCUAUGUCCAUGUAUCCAAGUUUGACGAUGCCAAAGGUAAAAUCAAGGUAUUGUUACCUUUUCCAGGAGGAUUUCCCAGAAACAUGUUGAUUUCUACGAACAUUGGAUUCAAUGAGUAG